UAUCUCAUUAUCUCUUAUAAAGUAGGUGGGUAGAUUUUCAUAAAAUUCGAUAAUUUGCAAUUUACUGAAAAUGGGUAAAUGGCCAAAAUCCUAUCUGAAAUAUCAGAAAGAAUGGGAGCAGGAUCCUGAAUUUCAAGAUUGGCUUGAGAGCUUUCCUGGUGAUGAUGAGAAAGGUCGCUGCAAAGUAUGCUUAACAAUACUUAAAGCUCGUUUGAGAGAUAUCAGAAAUCAUGGGAGAACAAAAAAGCACAUGAAAAAUAUGGAUCCAUCUGCUUUUGCAGAGCUUAUGAAAAUUGAAGUCAAACCACCCCCACCUCCUCCGUUGGGAAAUAAAGCAGCUUCCUUAAAAAUGGCAGCUCACAUAGCAUGCCAUUCUUCAAUAUUGACUGUGGAUCAUCUUUCGGCGCUUAUCAAAGAGAUGACCCAAAAACGUUUUUCUCUUCAUCGUACAAAAUGUUCCAUGUUGAUUCGGAAAGUGCUUGGGCCCGAAAUGCACAACGAGUUUCUUGAUGAUGUUCGUAACUCUCAAUAUUCUUUAGUCAUUGAUGAAAGCCUGGAGCCUUCUUAUGAGAAGCAAUUGCGUGUGGUGAUUCGAUAUUAUAGUAUGAGAGCGCACAAGAUAGUCACCUCAUUUUUGGGUCUUCUUCCACUCGAUGGUGGUCAACCAGAUUUUAUGGUACUCAAUUUUUUGAAACAAAAUAGAUUGGAUAUUGGAAAUUGUUGUGGUAUUGCAACUGACUGCAAUGAAGAAAUAUGUGAAAAAAAUGCAAUAAUUGCUAAAAUUCUGGAAUAUAAUCCUAAUAUUGUUCAUGUAAAAUGCAUGUGCCAUUCUUUGCAAAUCUGCUUAUCAAAGGCAUUUAGACUUCUCCCACGAAAUCUAAAUUUUAUGAUUGCUGAAACAUAUACAUGGUUUUUGCAUAACUCAGUCAGACAACAGAAAUACAAAAAUAUAUAUGAAAACAUUAGUGUUGCUGAUCCAGUACUAAAGAUUUUACAGCUGCCUGACACAGAGUGGCUCUCUGUCGCUCCUUGUGUCAACAAGAUUCUUGACAACUACGAUGAGCUAAAGUUGUAUUUUCAGCUAGCUCAAAGCCAAGAAAAUAGUUACACUGCGGAAAUUCUAUUUCAUAUGUUUGAUGAUCCUGUAAACAAGCUAUAUUUGUCAUUUUUGCAACCAAUCGUUAAUGAAUUUUCUAGAGUCUACAAACAAACAGAGCUGGAAUCUGGAGGCGCGUAUCGAUUAGGAAAAGAAUACUUAAGCUUGUACAAAAGGCUUCUUCAUAUCAUUGUUAAACCCGAUGUCUUUGCUUCUCAAACUUCAUUAUUGGACAUAGACAUUGGUGAUGGAGAGAAUCAGCAUGGUAUCGCAUCAGUUGAUUUCGGUGCCAAAUUCUCCAUGGUACUGACAGAGUCGAUCAUGAUCCAUCCAUCUCAAAUUGAAAAUGCUAAACAAAAUUGCUAUGAAUUUGUUUUUGCACUUGCUUCUCAGCUUAAAGAUAUACUGCCUCACAAUAUUCAAAUCUUGAACAGCAUGUCUUCACUAGUACCUUCGGUUGUGCUCGGGUCUAAGAAACCAAGACUAUCAAGUUUACCUUUCCUUGCCCUAUUUAAUGGAGAUUUAAUCCAGCUUAACAAUCAAUGGCGAAGGCUUGAGACUAUAAAUUGGCAGAAGGCAUUGGACUCGUGCUGUGAAGAAUUUUGGGGUGAAGUUGCGAGUCAUGUGAAUGAGGAUGGAGAACAUGAUUUUCAAGAUCUUGGGACCUUUAUGGUUGCACUUCUCACUUUGCCACUCACUAAUGCCUCAGUCGAAAAAGUUUUUCUGCAAAUGAACAUGAUAAAGAGUAAGCCGCGGAAUCGAAUGGGCCAACAGCUGCUAGAAAAUAUUUUAAGAGUCCGAGCAUAUAUGAAAAGAAACAACAUUUGCUGUGAUGACUUUAUUCCUUCUGAUAAAAUGAUAGACGCAUUUCGUGCCGAUAUAUAUAAAUCUGAAGUCAAACAAGAAUUAGAGAUAGAAGUUAUUACAGACGAACGAAACUUUCCACAAAGAGUUAGGGUGUAAACUGCUUGAAAAAAUCGAGAAGGUUUCAAAUCCCAUUUUCAUAUUAUAGCUGAAUUUGAACAAUUUUCUAACUGGCUGUUGUGUAUUCGUAUACAAAUUACUUCACCAUUGUAUUCUUCCUAACCAAUACGCAUGAUUUCUUAGAAAAAAAUGAGUUCCUAAUCUUACAAACAACAUUUUUUAAUUUGAAAAUGGACAUCUAGCUAUAUAUAAUGCUUUAUUUGACAUUCCGGCAUGGCAAUCAUGCUUGUGAUUUGCAAUAUCUUCUAAUUGUUUAUUUCAAUUAUCUUUACUUAAGUGAAAAUAGAUCAACCUACAACCUGUCGUACAAAUGUAGAGCUGUGUGUAUUUGAUCAUAAGAUCAGCACACUGUUAUUAUCUUCAAUUGCAGAACUAAAUCUUGACUUUAUUGUUAUGUCAGAUAUAGAUUGAUGCUCGUAUUUCUAAUUUCCACCUCACUGAAAUUGCCAAUUUAUAGUUCAUAUUUGUUUCAAAGCAAUGACAAUUUUAUAUGGUUCUGACAAACAAAUGUUGCUUCAAUAUUAAGAAUAAUUGGCAUUAAGAAAUGUAUGCGGAGGAACAUGCCAAUACGCCAUAAAUUCUUUUCCAAGUAUAGGCAUUAGGCAAAUGCAGAAUCUCUCACUGACACAAAGUAUACAAUGGGAACAAUAAAAUGAGCUAUAUUUUAUUAUGGUGAAGUGAAAUAGUCUUCUGUUUUGUCUAGAUAUAUCAUCGCUAUUAUGGUCUUUGCAAUGCUAUUAGCAGUUAUUUAUGCUUGACUCUUGCACAUUUUGAAAAUGCUUUUUGAGUUAGUUGAGACUGUAUAUAAAUUGAUGCUUCUUUUUGUGUUUUUAUUUUUCCCAGAUUUUAUGCUUUUAUUAAAUUAUUUUAUCCUAUUGAUUUAUUACACGCCAUGUAUAAAUCAACGAACUCAUGUUCUUCGCAACAUGUUGCUGUUAAACCGGGAGUCUGGCUCUCAAAAUCAAAACAAAGAAUAAAGAACCCAAGGAAGCUUGAUGUGAAGAUUACAAGAAAUGUAUUUAAACAGAAAUACAAUAGAAGAAAUAUUAAUCAACAAUCAAUAUUAUCUUUUGCAAAGAGUCGUCAGGGUAAACUCACAUCACAUGAAGAUUUAUAUUCAGAGAGUGAGGAUAAGGAGAAUGCAGUUGUCACUGACAUAAAUAUCUUGAAUGCAGUGACGUCACAGACACAUUUUGACACCAGACCAAUGAAAGAAGUGAAUGUGCAAGUUGAACAUUCCCAGUGUUUAGAUGUUCCCAGCAAACCAUCCAAAUUAUCAAAUUCGCCCAAGAACUCUAACAAACUGUCGUUCGAUAAUGAAGUCAAUGAAAGCUCUGGCCAACUAAAUCUCCCUGAACAUCCUACACAAUAUAGCUUGAAUGCAGUGAUAUCAGAAAAGCAAACACACUCUAACACGAAACCGAUUAAGGAAGUGAAUGUGCAAGUUAAACAUUCCCAGUGCUUAGAUUUUCCUAGCAAACCGUCCCAAUCAUCAAAUUCGUCCAAGAAUUCUAGCAAACUGUCAUUCGAUAGUACUUGCAAUGAAAGCUCUGGCCAAAUAAAUCUCCCUGAAAAUUCCACACAAUAUGAAAAAAUUGAUAUUCUGAACGAUACGCUAGAUUGGAUAUCAUUCAAACCAUUACAAACUUCCACGCAAAUCUCUGGAAAUUCACAAAUGAUUAUGAAUAAUUCUUUCCACGAUUCUUCAGAGUGUACACCCAAUGUAGUAAGGCCUGACAUUACGAUUUUAGAUGAUCACACUGUUUCACAGCAGGCAUAUUCCAGCCCAUUGCAACCCUCAACUCAAAUCCCCCUGAACUCCCAGAGGUCCGACGAACCAAAAGGCGUCUCCGUCUCAGAUUUCAAUGAUUAUCAGCCACAGUCUCCACACCUAUACGACUUAUCUGUUCGCUUCACUCAAGAUUCUCAAGGCAACCAAAUAUUUUCCAGACUUUCACCAAAAAAGCAGAAUUUAAUACCGUAGUUUAUUAAUUUGCAAUAUUUGAAAAAAAAAGUGCAAUAAGAUGAACCCUAUUUGUGUAAAAAUCUUGGAAGUGCUUCAAAAGCUACUAACACUUAAUAGCAGACAGGAAUGGGCAGUAAAUCAGCAACAAGAAAUAAAAGGCAAGAGGUUGCAGCAAUAAUCCGGCUUGGUCAACUAGAAUGAACAGAUCGUAUCUUAUUAAAAACAUACAGGGCUUCAGCUACAAUUUGAUUCCAAGUAAAAAUGAAAACAUGAUGUAUUUAUGCAUGCAUAACAAAAAGAA